CGCGGGGCGGAGUCGGGCGGCUGCGCGUUCUCGGGCGGCUCCGCCGGGCUUUUAUUGCGCUCGGGGCGGCGCCGGCGCUCAGUGUGUUUGGAGCUGGGGGACGGGCCGGCGGGGCCCGGCAGCAUGGGGGUGAGGUAGGGCCGGGCCGGCGGAGGAGGAAGAGGAAGAAGGAGGGUUAGCGCGGCCGUUCGGCGGGGCCGGGCCCGCGAGGAGGCGGAGGGGUCGCGGAGCCGGCCGGAGGAUGGAGGACAAGAAGGAGGAAGGAGAGGCGGAGAUCCAGGAGCACGGGCCCGAGCACUGGUUCAGCAAGUGGGAGCGGCAGUGUCUCGCCGAGGCCGAGCAGGAGGAGGCGCUGGCGCCGGAGCUGCAGGACGAGGCGGCGGCGCAGCCCGAGCACAAGCAGCAGAAGCUGUGGCACCUCUUCCAGAACUCGGCCACCGCCGUGGCCCAGCUGUACAAGGACCGGGUGUGCCAGCAGCCGGGGCUCUCCCUUUGGGUCCCUUUCCAGAACGCGGCCACUGCGGUCACCAACCUCUACAAAGAAAGUGUGGAUGCCCAUCAGCGAAGCUUUGAUGUAGGAAUUCAGAUUGGCUAUCAACGUCGGAAUAAGGAUGUGUUAGCUUGGGUUAAAAAACGCAGAAGAACUAUUCGUAGAGAAGACUUGAUCAGCUUCCUAUGUGGAAAAGUUCCUCCUCCAAGAAAUUCUAGAGCUCCUCCAAGACUGACUGUAGUAUCCCCUAACCGAGCUACUUCAACAGAAACUAGCUCAUCUGUAGAGACUGAUUUGCAACCCUUCCGUGAAGCCAUAGCUCUGCAUGGUCUUAGUGGUGCAAUGGCUAGUAUAAGUGUUCGCUCGAGUACCCCUGGCUCUCCUACUCACGUGAGCAGUGGUUCCAAUGCUAGUCGAAGGAGAAACGGACUUCAUGAUGUUGAUUUGAACACUUUCAUAUCAGAAGAAAUGGCACUCCACUUGGACAAUGGUGGAACUAGAAAGCGUACCUCAGCCCAGUGUGGCGAUGUCAUUACAGACUCACCAACUCAUAAACGCAACAGAAUGAUCUAAACUGCAUAAAUUUCAAACCCACCAUGCUGCUUGAAAGCCACUUGAUCCUCAGAGUACUAUUGAAAAGGAAACGUGAGGCCAUCUUCCCAUAUUCACUGUUUAAGACAAAUUCAAUAAUUGCCAUAAAAAAAAUUUUAGGUAUUACAUUAGACGCCUCUUGUAUCUGCGGCUUUCUUAAACUAUAUUCUUAGCAGAGGACAUCAGAUAUUGUGUAGUAGUUAGCAAGAUCAUCAUAGGCGAACAUGUAUCUGUUCCAAGGCUAAAAGUGACCUUACUUGUAUUCUUAAAGGGAAAGGAAAUUUCAGACGUUUAUUUGGUUAUAGAAUGCUUUUUUUGUCCUUUAUUUCCUGCUGUGUUGAGUAUUUGCUUAAACAGUAUUGCCAGUUUGACUGAAAUUGUCUACUACAUGACUUGGCAUCUUUGUCAAAACUGCAGGCUUCCAUUUUUGCAGCACUGUACCAUGCACCUAGUUUCUCUAUAGUAACAGUGUGCAAGUUAUAAAUAUUGGACUGUACCCUUUUUAGUUUUAAAAGCAGUUGAUAAUUCUGGUGAUUGUGUGAUAAUGUAAAGAGGUGCUAUGAUGGUCAUGCAAUUAAUACUUAAUAUUGAAUCAAUACAAGGAUCUUUAUUGGGUUCACUUUGUGUGUUUAGUGCUCUGAAGUAGCAAUAUAAAACUUCCCCAGUUAACUUCAUAGACUUUUAAAUCUUCAGUUUGAGGAAAUAUAUGUACUUAUUGGUAUUAUCCUUGUGGUAAUCAUACACAGUGCAGACUGCACCAGUGCUGACCUAAAUUUAGAGGAAGAUGUCCUGUAAUUGGAAAGUAGGCUUUUCUGUUCAGUAUUAGUGAAGGGUAGGCUUUGUGUACACCCAUAUCCCAUUUUACAUUUCUUGUGGAGUAAUUGCCCGUUGCUGGGGAGGGGUGGGAGGAGAGGGAGUGAGGGGGAGUAGUUGGAGGAAGGAUAUUGUCUAACAAGUAAGACUUCUGGUCACAAGUGGGAACUUGGACUAACUCAAGGUUCUCUGUGAUGCCGCCUCCUUCUUGGGGGGUGACAAUGCAGGUUCUGUCAAGUGCUAAGAAAAUAAUUUAAAACUGGAAGUUGAUUUUAACAAGUUCUGGAUAAACAUGCUGUAAGGAUGAAUUAAAAAGGAUAAAUGGCUUUCUUCUUGUGUUGAGCUUACAUUCAUAGGAUCAAACUCUGCCGUAAAGUAAGCGUUACCAAAACUGAAGUAGACAUCAAGAUUGAUUGGCUGCAAAUCAGUUUCUGAAUGGGGAUGGAUAUAUCAAUCUCAAAGAACUUCUGUUUUUACAUGUAGGUAGGAGUCUUUUUGGUGGAGACUGGCUCUUAGGGCCUCUGAAUCUCUGCCUAAAAAAUAAAUAAUACAGGAGGAAUAAGAAAACAAGGAGCUCAGACCUGCAAGCUGGGGAAGGGUGUUUAGUGAGGUGGUAUACAUGCUUAACUGGAAGCAUAGACUCAUCUUGGAUGAAAUGCAGCUGUUCUAGAUCCACAGUGCUAAAUUCUGGUGUCCUACUUAAUAGUUAUGGCACCUUGAGCUCCAUUCGUAUACAGCUCUUAAGACUUCUGCUUAUGUGCUUGUAGAGUCAGAUCUUUGUAUUUCUUGUUACUUGAGGCAGACUUGACUGUAGUCUUGCUUCCUUUUGCCCUGAUGUUCUUUCAUUGGUGGUUGCUAGAUGAGGCAAGACAGUAAUUGAUAUUUAAAAACUUUAAGAAUUCAAGUCUCUUAGGAGCAUAACUUCCUUGCUUUGUGGUGCUUCCAUCAUAUUUUUUUACAUUGAAGAGCUCUUAAGGAUGUCAACAUUUGCACAACAUUGUAGCUAGAGGUUCUGUAGUUUAUGGGGCAAGUAUAAGAACUGUGCAAAGCAAGAUGGUAAGACCUGUUCUAAACUCCCUACCUGUGUUACAUAGCUUAACUUGCACAUCACCUGAAGGACUUGGUAUAUGUUAGUUUCAGUUACUGCUAUUAACUAUGAUUCAUAAGAAUUAUUUUAUGUAAAAUAUUAAAGCUGCAUAAAGCUAGUAUUCAUUUGACUGCAUUUUGAACUGAAACUUUUAAGUAUCUAAGCAUUAGUAUAUUUAUUUGGCUGUUGAUAGAGGAGUUUCUCUGUCCUAAAUGAAGAAUCACAAAAUGAAAAGUCACAGACUGGAAUCCUGACCAGAAAAGACAUGUGGAAAUCAUUCAUCUGUUUUGUUUAUUCAUUAACUGGUUUGUACAACUGAGAGGCUUAUGCUCUGCAACUUCUAACACUUUGUGUAGUAAGGGUAGCAACAUACUGAUACAGGGAUUGAACUAUUAACAGUGCUUCUGGUCUAGCCCAAAUACACAGAACCCAUUCAGAUUGUCUCCCCUUCCUUGCAGUUCUAUCCUGUUAAUGUUCUGAAGCAUUACUUCAGUCUACUACCACUCAGAACUACAUUUAUUUGGCUUUCUUUGAUUUGUGCCAUUUUUUCUUUGAGGAGAAAACAGUCUUAAACUAAUUGCAGUGAUAUUUUUGCCUGUACCUUAAAUACUUGACAACUUGUUUUUCUGUUCAGCCCCAAUUGUUUCUUGCUCUGUUAACCCUUGCUGGAAUAAUCCAAAAUGCACAUAUUCACCUGGUAAAUGGGAGAACAGAUUGUCUCGAGAAAACUGAAGUUAAAGCUCAGUACCUUUUGCUUUGAAGAUUAUUUCGUGUCAGUGUAGAAAAGUGUAAUUCUGGAAAGCAGCAUUCUGCUGUUACCAAAACUAGCUCCUGGAGCCAGAAGUAAGUUGAUGUUAAAGAAACACUGAACUGAGGACUGUUUAGUUUGAUUUUUAAGGAAGUGCUUAUUUUUGCUUUCUCUUAUGAAUCAUAUAGUUGACCGGUCUUUUUUCCAUGUACAUCAAAUCUAACAUGAAUGUGCGGCAAGUUACAUACAGUACAUCCUGCACUGAAGCUACUGAGCUUGGCUUGCUUAUUAAUGAAAUACGUUUUAAAUGUUAAAUUUAAAGUUAUAUUACAAUAAAGUAAUGCAAAAAUGAUUUUGGCUGAAACUGAAGUCCUGCAGUUAAACUUAUUCUCAAAUGUGGUUUACCCAACUGGAGUAAUAGAAACUCUAAGUCAUAAUAAACCUAAUAAAAAAAUAAAAAAUGUGAA